AUGUGCGAAAAGAAACCGAUAUGCCUUCUCAAUUUCCUCAAGCAAGCUCUUGUCGACAUACGCCGGAAAACAGUGAGCUACCCUACUCUAGGUCAUGUGGUGACCGAUAUUGUCAAGUACUUCAAAAUUCCGGUAGCUGUUGAGGAGGGCAUCGGUCCGAUGGGCAUCGGCUAUAUCGAACUUAAGUUUGGGGGUUUUCUGGACAGGCAUUUCAAGUUCCAGCCCUAUACCGAACGCAAAUGCUACAAAGCUUACGUGAAGGAGAUGACGGGAGCAGCAGCUGAAGCAGCUUUGUCGACACAAACCCCAGGCGGCCCUUCUCAACGGGUGGCUAAUGAGACUGCCGACCCGAUCGACCAUGCUCUAGGAAACGACGAAGAGCAUGCCCACAUGGACUAUCCCACACUCCAGUCCUAUCAUGGCAUUUCCGACGCCCCAUCAGAGCAGACGCCUAAGUGGUUCGUAGAGUAUCAGAAACGCCAAGAUGAGUAUCAGACUCGACAGGAGGAGUUCGAGAAGAAAGUGAGGUAUGCAUCACGCAAGGCAAGAACAGAUGUGAGGAGACGUGUGAAGGGACGUUUUGUCAAGGCUGGUGAUGCUUACGAUUAUGAUCCCUUGAUCCCAACCCGAAGCCGCUGA